GGAAUUUUACCGGCAAUAACACUUGCAACAGGACCUAUUGCAACGAUAUUUACAAAUACAUAUGGAUGUCGAAAAGUGACAAUAGUUGGGGCUUGUCUUGCUGCUGUUGGCUUUUUAGCAAGUUAUUUUUGGGCAAAUCUUUGGUUUUAUUAUCUUUCGAUUGGUAUUAUUGGAGGUAUUGGCUUUGGUUUAAUCUAUUUACCAGCUAUUGUUUCUGUCGGUUUCUAUUUUGAAAGUAAACGUAGUUUUGCUAUGGGCAUUGCGGUUUGUGGUUCAGGUUUGGGUACAUUGGUAUUUCCAGCUAUUAUGCCAUAUAUUAUCAAUGCACCAUUGUGGUUUGAUUAUGAAGGUGCUCUUCUACUUGAGGCAGCAAUUAUCUUUAUUUGUGUUAUAUUUGGUGCUUUAAUGAUUCCAUUGCCCCAAGAACCAAGUGAAAUAAGACGUGUAGAACGAAAAGCACAAAGAAAAGCUAAACAACAAGUAUUCAAAACAGGAACUGCAACUAGUCAAAGUGAUGAACAACAAAAGCAGUUACUUCCGACGAAUCAAAAAAGUGAUAUUCCAUUACAAGAUGUAAGUAUAGUUUCAAAUGAAUCAACUGCUAAUGUUCCUAUAGUACAACAACGUGAAUCUGAUGAUGAAGGUGAAGUAUUUCUAUCAUAUUUGAAGAAAAAUGAUUUCUACAUUAAUAAUUCAACAGAUAAAACACUAUCGAGAUCUCCUGAAAAUGUCUCCAGAACAGUGUCAACUAAUCUACCAGUAGUCGUUUUACGAAAAGAUGCGAUUUAUCAAGGUAGUUUACAUAAUAUUCCAUUAUAUAACGAGGAUACUGAUGAAUAUCAUCGGCAAAUGAUAAAAACAAGUGAUAUGACAAAUGAAACAAUUGAGAAAGCGGUAAAAAAAUCAUUUCUAGCCAAAAUUGCUGAACAAAUUGAUCUUAGUUUAUUGAAAGAUGCUGCAUUUGCUUUAUUUGCUGUAUCAAAUUUUUUAACAAGUCUUGGUUUUAAUGUUCCAUAUAAUUUUGCUAAUGAUUUAGCUGCUGAUGCUAAAGUUAUUGAACAUCAAAGACAUUGGAUUAUUAUGUCUAUUGGUAUAGCCAAUUGUUUUGGCCGUGUCAUUAUCGGUUAUUUAGCUGAUCGAUCAUGGGUCAACCGUAUAACAUUAUAUAAUACAACAUUAAUAAUUGCUGGUAUAGCAACAAUGUUUGCACCAUUUUGUAAUUCAUUGGUUCAUACACAUAUGACUUAUGCUGGAUUAUUUGGAUUUUUUUCUGGUGGCUAUGUUGGUUUAACAUCAAUUAUUAUUGUAGAUUUAGUUGGUGUCGAUAAAUUAUCAGAUGCUUUUGGUGUUCUUUUAUUAUUUCAAGGUGUUGCUGUUGCUAUAGGAACACCAAUUGUUGGCACAAUGCGUGAUGCUUUUUCGAGUUUUGAUCGACCAUAUUUGUGGCCAUAUUUAAUCUUUGGUGGCUCCAUUUUAUUAAGCGGUUUGAUUUUAUUUGCUAUUCCAGUAUUAAAACGACGAAAAGAACGUCAUCAACAACCAACUAAACAUGAAUUACAAAUGGGAGUUUUAUCAUUUUCAAGACAAAAUUUAUCUGCACCCGAACAACAACAACAACUUUAA